UUAUUCUCUUCUGCUGUUGGGUUACAGAUAUUUGACCUAUCUUGCAAGUAUCCUGGCCUGAAUACAUUAAGAAGUUGCGACUUACUACCCAUCAGUUGGAUGUCGAUUGCAUGGUAUCCCAUAUACCGAAUACCUACAGGUUCUACAUUAAAAGAUUUGGAUGCAUGCUUUUUAACUUACCAUUCCCUUUGCACACCCAUAGAAGUUCUAUCGCCAAGUUUUGAUCAGCUCUAA